AUGGGACAGAUCGUGCUUGACAAACUGGCAAAAGUGCCUCGAUGUCUGAGCGAAUCUAUAACCCGCUCCAAGGCGGAGUAUCGCAGGCUGGGGAGCUCAGGCCUGCGAGUCUCCAAUCCUAUCCUCGGCGGACUGAGUUUGGGCAGUUCUCGCUGGCUUCCCUGGGUCCUGGAUGAAGACAAGGCACUGGAUAUCUUGAAGACAGCUUAUGAUAGCGGAAUAAACACCUGGGACACUGCAAAUGUCUACUCAAAUGGCGAGUCUGAAAGAAUCAUCGGGCAAGCCCUUCUGAAACACAAGAUCCCUCGUCAGAAGGUCAUCAUCAUGACGAAGUGUUAUCGGGUGCUCUGUGACCCUGAAAACCAUGACCCUGGCUCGACAGUCACCAUGCACCAUGCAUUAGCAGAUUCGAGCAAGGAUUACGUGAACCAGUGGGGGUUAUCACGUACUGCCAUCUUCAACGCAGUCGAAGGGUCACUAAAACGUCUGAAUACCAGUUACAUUGACGUCCUUCAGAUACACCGUUUUGACCCGACAGUACCGCCUGAAGAAACUAUGCGCGCCUUGGAUGAUUUGGUGAGGUCUGGCAUGGUCCGCUACAUCGGUGCCAGCUCAAUGUGGACGUAUCAAUUCGCCACGUUGCAGCAUAUCGCAGAGAAGAACGGAUGGACCAAAUUCAUCUCCAUGCAAAAUCACUACAAUUUAUUGUAUCGCGAAGAGGAGCGGGAGAUGAACCCUUAUUGCAACCUCACUGGCGUUGGUCUGACCCCAUGGGCUGCAUUGGCAUCGGGUCGACUGGCCCGUGAUGCAGUAGAGAAGUCAAGUUCAAAACGAGCCGAGUGGAGCUCUCGUGGAUCGUUAUACGACAAUGGUAAUGAGAAUAUUGAUGGGAUUGUCGCAAGGGCAAGAGAGAUUGCUCUAAAGCGAGGGUGGCCAAUGAGCCAUGUCAGCUUGGCUUGGCUGAAUCGGCGGGUCACAGCUCCCAUUAUUGGGUUUAGCUCGAGCGAGCGCAUAUAUGAAGCCCUAGCUGCUCGUGGAAAGGAGCUUACAGAGGAAGAGGAGCGCUAUUUGGAAGAAUUAUAUCUUCCCAGAGCCAUCCAAGGGCAUGAAUGA